CAUCAGACCUAAACCACACUCAGAUCCAUAGAUCGGUAGUUCUGGUUCAACACUCUCAUAGUUCUCUGGAAACCGGCAGCCCAGCGGAAACGAGAAUCGACCGUUGGAAAACUUCAACGGUCGAGAAGUUUCGAAAUUUGAACCGUCGUCUUAUGCGACGGAAACCCUUCCCAACGGGCACUUCUUCGACUCCCCAGAGAGAAGCCGAAGAGGAGAGUAGUCUGCCGUUGCUUCUUGCAAGGGAAAAAGGAGAGAUUUUUCAGCGGAAGAAUAAGAAGAAGGAUUUUCCGAUGGAUUUCUCCAAGAAAAGUCUCUCUCCAAACUCGCGUUUUGGCAUCCUGAAUCCCACCCCUUCUGAUUAUCAGAGAAGAAGCAUUGCCGGGGAAAUCACCCAAGAAGCCGAUGAGAACGGUGGGCAUUUUCACAAAGCUUGUGGACUAAGAUCACAAAAUCCAGGGAAAGAAACCAAGAACUUCAACGCUACAACCACAUCAGCUCUUUCGAAGAAGAAGAUUUUAGCCGAGAAGAAUGAUGCUCCCUUCUCAGGUUCUUAUGAUCUCUACCACGACAUAACCCCACAAGCAAAUGCCACGGUGGGUUUGGGCCAUUUCGAUGCCCAUUCUCCUGUCAUGCCCCUUUGUUCAAAUGUCUCCGAGUCUGGAGAUCACAAUGUAGUCAGCUCUGAUUGUUCUCAUCUGACUUCUUAUGAUCCGCUGAUCAAUUACACAUCCCCGAGGCCAGAGUUCCUCCGCUACAACCCAAAUAGGCGCAAAGAAAUUCUCCGGCGCAUAGAGGGAGAGAUGAAGGAUGAAGAAGAGGGAUCAAGGGCAGACUCGAGCUCUUCAUAUGGUUCCAAAAAGAUCUUCAUAGAGGAAUCUUCGCCUUUGCAGACAUCAGUUCAAGAUAAAGAUGUUCAGGAAAGCAAGGAGGGUGUCAGUGAUCCCUACGAUGAUGAGACAGAAGAAGAGGAGAUGGAAGUGAGACCGAGGUACUCGAGAAUUGCAUGGAGGUUAUUUCUUCUACUUGGGGUUUUGCUGCCCUCAUUCUUUUACAUAUCUUGUAUGAAUUAUGCUCCUGCUCCUUCUUUACAAGAAUAUGGAGGUCUUGAAGAAAAUUAUCACAUGAUUCAAGAUGGAGGGCUUGAUCAACGAUCCCAUCAUCAGAACAAAUUUCCUGGAAAUUUCUUGGGGACUUUAAUAGGAUCGUCUAGCAAGUGCCUAGAUAUACAUCAAAGGGAAUUAACUUGUGCAAUCGGCCGUGUUAAAGGGGAAGAAGGCUCUGAAGAAAAGGAAUCUUUUGAUGGAACUGAAGUGGUAACAGAAAGAGAUGGAGGUGCAUGGGUCCAGGAUGGAACAUUAAGUGGUGGUGACUUAGCGGCUGAAGAAAUGAGUGAUGAGGUAAUUAGUUCUACUGAGAUUGAGCGGGAAGCAUACAUUGAAGAAAACAGCAAGGCAAGCACAGAUGCAGGGAGUGAAAAAGUUGAGAUUUUGGGAGCUGAGUUAGUAGAGGUACAGAGUAUUGCUCAGCUUUUGAACGAAUCUUCACAAAUUUCAGAGGCAGAAUUACUUGCAAUUGACUCAUCAGUUGGUCAAGAUGCGCAAAUUGAUCUUUUUGGUUCUUUUGAACUAGAGAAAGAUUUUGGAGAGGAGGCACAAGUUAUGGGCAAUUUGGAGGUUGCUGUCUUUGCAAGUUCCUCAAUUCAAAAUGGUUUCAAGCCAGAAGAAUCUGAAAUCUCCAGUAAUUCUGUUAUAGAAUCAAAAUGGGACCGCAUUUCUUUGUUUGCAUCAAAGUAUGUGUUUCAACUGCUAUAUGUUUUCAUAUUUUUGUCUAUGAUACUUGGGUUCAAUGGCUUGCACAAAUACUUCCCAAAGUUCCACAAGAACUUAACACCUGCUUCUCACAUUCCUCCUGCUUCUGAGUUAACACUUGAGAAGAAAAAUAGUUCACUCAUGUCUGAGAAGGAAGAAGUGAGGAACAAUGGUAGUGAUUCAGAUGCUCAUCAUAGGCCUCUGGCUCACCCGAAUGAUGAACAUAAGAAAUUUAUUAGAGUUCAACCACCAACAGCGGCAUUGCUCGUGGAGUUCUCUGUCGUAGAGGGAACUGUCUCCGGAACAUGUCCUGGUCAGAAAGUGAGAAGAGGGUUAGCUGACUCAGCUGAGGAAUCCCACUUCUCCCAAUCUCAUAGUAAGAUGUCAGCGAAGAGGAACCUUUCAUCUUCAGCUAAUAAGGUUUAUCCAUCUCCUUCAGAGUCUUCAUUAGCACCAGAAUCCAUUUCAGCUGGAAAUUCUCCUUCUCAGCAGCUGCAAAGAAGAAAGGAUGCUGGAGAUAGGGAAGAGGUAGUCAAACUGGUAGCCACUCCUCUGAGGCGCUCAAGCCGAAUCCGCAAUCAAGUUACUUCUCCUUGAGCUGAACACGAGAUGGCUCUUGAGUGCUGAUUGUUUUCACCCAUGAUAGAGAUUCUGAAACAGUAUUCUGUUGUUUCAUGUUCUGAUCUCUUUGACAUGGUGUAUAUCGACAAGAUAAAUGCUUGCUUGCAUUGCUGUACUACAUGCAACUGAGUGGCUAUAUUUAACAUGUAAUUCUUUUAUCCUACUCAACUCUGCAUGAACAGAAAGCUGGGAAGGCUGAGAGUGAAUCUUUUUAUAAUUUUUGUGUUUACUAGAAUAAUAUGCUAUUUCUUUUUUC